GUUCAAACUACAGCUCGCAAAAUUCCAUGUAAUUAUUUCAUAUAUCUAUACGGUACUUGUUAUACAGUUACCUAAACCACAUAACAGGCGCUAUCAGAAUUCAACGUCUAAUAAUAAAAGAAAUUUUUAAAUUGUGGCCUCAGUGAAAGUUCACCGCAGAAGAACCAUCGGAGAUAUAGUGCGAAAGGGGUGAGAGGAGCGUGCGCACGCCCGUCGAAUCGGUGAAUCCAAAACGGAAUUGUUAUACGGAACAACAAUCGGCUGCGCGUUUGUUUGAAUAAGUUGAAACAAUUUUUAGUGGAUUUUUUUAUGCUCCUGGAUAUAGUUAUUUGUCGGUCAUGGAGGAAGAAGGAAUUUGUUUCGUUAGCAAACUAUCUUUGGUGUGCACUUUCAUCGUAGGUUUUCAAAUUAUCCGAUUUCUAUUUUCGUACAUUUACAAUAACUUUUUGAAUGUCGCCUUGCAAAUCAACUCUAUCAAUCUCAAAGAGACUGGAAAAUGGGCUGUGGUAACCGGCGCAACCGAUGGAAUAGGAAAAGCCUACGCCGAAAUUUUAGCCAAAAAAGGAUUAAAUGUAGUCCUCAUCAGCAGAACGCUGUCCAAACUUGAAGCAGUAGCGAAAGAAUUAGGCGAAAAAUACAAAACCGUAGAAUUCAAGACUCUCGUAGCGGACUUCACCGACACCCAACAAAUCUACCACGAUCUGGACAAGCAACUGAACGGCCUGGACAUCGGCGUUCUAGUGAACAACGUCGGCAUGAGCUACCACCAUCCCGAGUACUUCCUGGACGUCAAAAACAAAGACGAAUUCUUCGCGAACCUGAUCAACUGCAACAUAUUCUCCGUCACGAACAUGUGCAAAAUCGUCAUGCCCGGCAUGGUGGAGCGCCGCCGCGGCGUCGUCGUCAACGUCUCCUCGGCCGCCGCUCAAAUACCCAAUCCCCUUUUGAGCGUGUACUCCGCCUCGAAGGCUUACGUGCUCAAAUUCUCCGAGGACUUGGGCUACGAGUACCACAAGUUCGGCGUAACCGUGCAGUGCAUCUUGCCCGGUUAUGUAGCCACCAAUAUGUCUAUGAUCAGGAACGCCACUUGGAUGGCUCCGUCGCCUCUAACUUAUGUCAAAGAAGCUGUUAGAACUAUCGGAAUUAAAGAAGAAACGACCGGCUACUACCCGCACAGUUUGUUAGUCGAUACGAUUAAUCUGUUGAAAAGCAUCUCGCCUAAAUUGUCCAGGUGGAUUGUAUUCAGAACGUUGGCCAAUGUCAGAGCAAGGGCUCUAAGACGAGCUGUGCAUUAACUAAGAAAUUGUAAUUGUAGGUAGCUCUAGAAACAUGUUAUGAAGAAAGCGUAAUGUUUGAUGUUAUUUAAUAUAUUGUGUUUCGUAUUUUCUAAGCUUGUGUUACAUCAUUAAUAUUUGUUGAAUAAAAAUUAUGAAGUU